GGCGGGGUGGUUUUGCGCGGCGAUCACGCCCAAUGGCCAUCCGCGGACGACAAACGCCCACGCAUCCGACGACACCCACGAAAAUAAGAGCGUCACCAAUCCGGUUCAUUCAGCAAAAAGUCACGGGAAGAUUGCGAUUUGCUUCCGUUUGCGAUGGAGCGUCCUGGUCACUUUCACUGACGGCGGCGCGCUCCAGCAGUAAUCGCCUGCCAAGGAUUCAACAUGCUCCGAGAGAACUUUAAGGCGUGGAGCAACGGCUCGGAGGCUUACAGCAGUGAUCCUGAGGAGGACGAGGAGGAGGAGGAGGACGAGGAAGAGGAGGACAUGGUGUUCGGGGAGAGCGACCAGGAUGGCAUGGCGGAGGAGAUGAUGGACCUGAGUGACCUUCCCUCAGCGCUCUUUGCGUGCAGCGUCCACGAAGCCGUGUUUGAGCAGGACGCACACCGGGAGAGGUUUGAAGCGCUGUUCAGGAUCUACGAUGACCAGGUCACUUUCCAGUUGUUCAAAAGCUUCAGGAGAGUCCGGAUCAACUUCAGCACCCCAGAGGCGGCGGCCCGCGCCCGCAUCGAGCUGCACGAGUCCGAGUUCAACGGCAAGAAGCUAAAACUCUACUUUGCUCAAAUCCAGAACGGCGACGAGGACAUCGACAAGUCCUACCUGGCGCCUCCCCAGCCGGUCAAACAGUUUCUGAUCUCGCCGCCCGCCUCCCCGCCGGUGGGCUGGAGUCAGAGUGAAGAUGCCACGCCCGUCCUCAACUAUGACCUGCUCUGCGCUGUAGCUAAGCUAGGACCCGGUGAAAAGUACGAGCUCCACGCGGGGACAGAGUCCACCCCCAGCGUGGUCGUCCACGUGUGCGAGAGCGAGACGGAGGAGGACGACGCCGUGCGGCCAAAGCAGCAGAUCGUCCAGACCAGACGUCCCGACGGGCCUCCGGCAGUCCUCAACUAAACGGGGGAACCAGACCCCGCCUCCUUGGCCACACGACAGCGGCGCGGCACACCGACCGCACCCUUUAAAACCCGUGACACACCUGUCCCCCCACCCCCACACCCCCAAACCCCUCUUUCUCUCUCUCUCUCGUCUCUGCAUUCACAGAGAGCGUCGACGCCCCUCAUUUCAGUUCCAACUACAAGCGAAAAACAAACCAACGAACAUUGCUUCGACAGACGGACGUUUGUGGGGAGCGUGGCGACGGAAUGAGGCGGCUGGAAGGGAAUGGAUGAGAACCCCCCCCCACACACACACAC